CCCGGAAACCUGUCUGCCUGGAUGAUCCUGGUAGUAUCUGAAAUAUUGAUGGCUUGGCUUCCCCCAUCACCACAGCACACAGCAGUACAAUAAACGGAUAGAAAAAAAUUGUUCUCCUCUUCUAUAAUAUCAUCGGGGAAAUAAUUGAAGCAAACUCAAUCUUUCCAGUUAUAUCAACUAAAGAAUGGCACAUCAUUGGCUAAGAGAUCAAAAUCCUGAUGAAUCACAAGAGGAGCAGAAUGUGCACCAGCACUUUCCCUCUGUAAACCAACCCCUUUUUCCAAGCCACAUCAGUCUGGGUUUUGAUGCAGUGAUAGAUGGGCUCAGGAGUAACAUUCCACAAUACCAGAGCAAGGUUAAAGAAAACACAUUUGUUGUGCCCAGUUCGCCAAACUGGGACUCAAAAAGACAUUCGUUAGAUGACACAUACCAAAUGUCUUUGAAUAACGUUACCUCAACAAGUUCUCAGCUAUCCAUGAAGCCAGAUAGACAAGCACCAAUCAUUGGUUUUAAGCCUUCUGUGCUCCCCAAACCUGGAAAUGUGAUUGCAGAAGGCUCCCCGGGAAACUCCGCAAGAAAAGGUGAUGGUGCUGAGGAGUACAGAUUCCAUAGUGUAGCUCCAUCAUUCACUAGUUUGGAUACAAAGAAUGUAUGGAGAGAUUUAGAAACUGAAAAUCAUUCCUAUGAUUUAGGGCUCAAAAAUAGCCCUUUCCCUAUGUAUCCAUCUUUCGCAACUGAAUAUAUGAAAAAAGAAAAGUUUGAAAGUAUUGGAAAUAUAACCCUAGCAGAACCUUCUCUGGAGCUCUCUAAAAAUUAUUUGCUACCCAGGCCUUCGGAAAAUGCAUUGCCAAUGAAAAUCGAGCCAAUAGGUUGUUAUAUUCAGCUUAUCGAAGUACCUCAAGGAAGUAAUAUGAACUUGGCCUCCUUUUGUGACAAAGUAAAAAAAAUUAAGGGAGCAUAUCCUGCAGCUGAUACCGACUCUAACUCUGGGAAGGUCUGGAGCAUUGUAACCGCAUUCCCAUAUGAGCUCUUCUCUAAGACAAGAUUUAAUAUCAACAUCAUUACUAACUACUCAGCACACCUACUUCAUCUUAUGCCAUAUGCUAAUUAUCUCGUCAGAGAUUUAAUUGCAGAAAUUCUACAUUUUUAUAGAAACGACAAGUUGUACCCUAAUGAUUAUCUUCUAAAUAUAUGUGGCACCGAAGAAUUUUUACAAAAUGAUUGCUGUCUGGGGAGCCACAAAAUAUUUCAGAAAGAUAAAACUGUUAUUCACCUUCAGCUGCAGAAAAAUAGGGAAGUUCCAACACAGUUAUCUAGAAAGCAUGAAGAUGACCACAGUCAGUUUUAUCUGAAACAACUACUGCAAUAUAUGCACAUCUGGAAAAUAUCCAGACAGUGCCUCUCAACAGUCAUGAAACAAUACGACUUCCAUCUGCAGUGCCUAUUGGAAACUCAGCAAAAUGUGGAUAACAUUGUUGAAGAAGUUAAAAAUAUAUGCAGUGUUCUUGGCUGUGUGGAAACCAAAGAAAUUACAGAUGCAGUAAAUCAGCUGAACCUAACUCUGCAGAGAAAAGCCGAGGAUUUACAUCAAAACUCAGAGACUUCAACAAAAGGCGUGGUAGAGAAUGUCACAGCAGAGCUAUCCUCAUCCGUCUACCACCUAAUUCAUCUGUACUGUAGCAGUUUUUACACAGAUUUUCAACCUGUACAUGUACCUGGAAGCAUUUCCUGUAUAUAUCCUGGCUUGGAUUCCUAUUUUAAUUUCACAGUGUAUGCAGCUCACAACAUUCCAGAGACUUGGGUACACAACUACAAAGCGUUUUCUUUCUCCUGUUGUCUUACAUACGCUGGAAAGAAGCUGUGUCAAGUGAGAAACCACAGACAUAUUCCAGCCAAAAAGUUAUUUUUUUUCUUAGUCAACUGGAAUGAAACGAUUAAUUUUCCGCUUGAAAUAAAAUCACUUCCAAGGGAAUCAAUGCUCACUGUAAAAUUAUUUGGGAUUGGCUCUGUCACCAACCAUACAGAUUUGUUGGCCUGGACUUGCCUUCCAUUGUUUCCAAAAGAAAAGUCCAUUCACGGGUCUACACUCUUCAGCAUGACCUUGAAGAGCGAGCCUCCCAUAGAAAUGGUAGCUCCAGGAGUGUGGGAUAUAAGUCAGCUAUCACCAGUGACCCUACAGAUUGAUUUCCCAGCAACCAGAUUGGAGGACAUGGAACUGGAUCCUGAAGAGAGCAGAAGCAAUCUUAGAGAACUACAAAAAGAGUACUUAACACAUAUUUCCAGACUUUCACAGAAGCAGUCUCCCUUACUACUCUCUGAGGAAAAGAGACGAUACUUAUGGUUUUAUCGCCUUUACUGCAAUAAAGAGAACUGCUCCCUUCCUUUGGUCCUGGGCAGUGCCCCUGGAUGGGAUGAAAGGACCGUUUCAGACAUGCAUGCCAUUUUGAGAGCAUGGGAAUUUUCACAUCCUUUGGAGGCACUUGGGCUUUUGACUUUCAGUUUUCCAGAUCAAGAAAUUCGUAAGGCAGCAGUUCAACAAUUAGACAGCCUCUUGAAUGAUGAACUCCUGGAAUAUCUCCCACAACUAGUACAGGCUAUCAAGUUUGAAUGGAACCUUGAAAGUCCCUUGGUCCAGCUCCUACUACACCGCUCAUUACAAAGCAUCCAGAUUGCUCAUCGUCUCUACUGGCUGCUAAAGGAUGCACAGAACGAAGCUUAUUUUAAAAGCUGGUACCAGAAGCUUCUGGCUGCUCUCCAGUUCUGUGUAGGAAAAGCCUUAAGUGAUGAGUUUUCCAAGGAGAAGAAACUUCUCAAAAUUUUGGGAGCUAUUGGGGAAAAAGUCAAGUCUGCCAGUGACCCUCAAAGACAGGAGGUACUGAAGAAAGAAAUGGACAGACUUGAGGAAUUCUUUCAGGAUAUAAAUACCGGCAUCUGUCAUCUGCCCCUGAACCCUGCCCUUUGCAUAAAAGGAAUUGAUCGUGAUGCUUGUUCGUAUUUUACAUCUAAUACAUGGCCACUGAAGAUCACAUUCACCAAUGCUAAUCCAAUGGGCAAGAAAAUCAGCAUUAUUUUUAAGGAAGGAGAUGAUCUUCGCCAAGAUAUGCUUGUUCUGCAGAUUAUUCAAGUGAUGGACAACAUUUGGCUGCAGGAGGGCCUGGAUAUGCAAAUGAUCGUUUAUAGAUGUCUUUCCACAGGGAAAGGACAAGGAUUGGUCCAAAUGGUGCCAGAUGCUGUCACCCUGGGAAAGAUCCAUCGCAAUUCUGGAUUGAUAGGACCACUGAAAGAAAAUACCAUCAAAAAGUGGUUCAGUCAGAACCACCCUGUACGAGCAGAUUAUGAAAAGGCCUUGAAGAACUUUUUCUAUUCCUGUGCGGGCUGGUGUGUGGUGACAUUCAUCCUGGGAGUGUGUGAUCGUCACAAUGACAACAUUAUGCUGACAAAGUCAGGCCACAUGUUUCAUAUUGACUUUGGAAAAUUCUUAGGUCAUGCACAAACAUUUGGAGGGAUAAAAAGGGACCGGGCCCCUUUUAUUUUCACUUCGGAAAUGGAAUAUUUUAUUACCGGAGGUGGGAAAAAUCCACAGCAUUUCCAAGAUUUUGUGGAGCUUUGCUGUCGAGCUUAUAAUAUUGUCAGAAGGCAUAGCAGACUGCUCUUGAACUUGCUAGAAAUGAUGUUAUAUGCAGGAUUGCCUGAGCUAAACGGAAUCCAAGACCUAAAAUAUGUGUAUGAUAACCUUCGCCCACAAGACACAGACCUCGAAGCAACCAGUUAUUUUACCAAGAAAAUAAAGGAAAGUCUGGAGUGUUUCCCCGUCAAAUUGAAUAAUUUGAUCCACACACUGGCACAAAUGUCAGCCAUAAGCCCUUCCAAAUCUACCUCACAGGAUUUCACUCUGCCGAGAGCAGCGAGGUCAAUUCAGAAAGCUGCAAUUUUAGGGUUCAGCCAGAAACACAGGCACCUGUAUCUAAUCCAGGUAACACACCAUGGCAACCAAACCAGCCUGACAGAAAAAUCGUUUGAACAGUUUUCGAAGUUUCACAACCAACUUCAGAAGCAGUUUGCAUCGUUGACUCUCCCAGAGUUUCCUCAUUGGUGGCAUUUACCUUUUACAAAUUCAGACCACAAAAGAUUCGGAGAUCUAAAUCAUUACAUGCAUCAGAUAUUAAAUGGAUGGGAUGAAGUUGCAAACAGUGACUGUGUGCUUAGUUUUUUCCUCGAUGAACCGGUGCAGCAACCCACGGAAGUGUCUUCGCUUGUCAAUAUAGGUUUUGGGAAGUUUGCUGAUGAGAAGCCUAUGGUGCAAUUAGUCAUAUCGUAUGAGGAUACAAAGCUGACAAUACUAGUGAAACAUCUGAAAAACAUUCAUCUCCCAGAUGGCUCUGCGCCCAGUGCACAUGUUGAAUUUUAUCUUUUACCAUAUCCCAGGGGAGUCCGUAAGAGGAAAACAAAAUCUGUUCCAAAAUGCACCGACCCUACUUACAAUGAAAUUGUGGUAUACAAUGAAGUCUCAGAGCUUCAAGGUCAUGUCUUAAUGCUUAUUGUUAAAAGCAAAACCACAUUUGUAGGAGCAAUCAACCUCCAGCUCGGCAGCAUCCCUCUUGAUGAAGAAAAGUGGUAUCCACUAGGAAACAGUAUCAUUUGACCAUCACUAUAAAUAUAUGCAAUGAUUCAUUAAGAACUUGGGGGGGAGUUGUUGUUUGUUUGUUUUUAAGAUCCAAAUCUUUCUAGCACUUGAACAAGACAUUUUUUCUGCCUAAGAUAAGGUAUAGACACACAAAAAAAUGAAUCUAAAUCAAUCUUUCUUGUUAUCUAUACUUUAUCUGUUUGUUCAGUGGUUUCUUAAAAUAUUUUCUUCUUUAAUGGAGCAACAAUUAAUUCAGUGAUAUCCCAUAUAUGAAUCAUAAAAAAUAUGUGAUUUUAAUAUAUCUUUUAAGUCAACCAUGUAUUCACUAAUAUAUCUUUUAAGUCAACCAUGUAUUCACAUUUGAUUUUAACUCUGUGUGCAUGGUCGACUGCAUUAAUCAUAUGGUUCUUCUAACCAUAGUCUUUCAACUCCCACCAACUGACUGGGUGGACCAUACAAACAUGGUACCUAAGGGCCUUGGACAGUUUUCCCAUCCCACUAGGUAUAAAAUGAGCAAUCCGAGAAACAAGAAGAAGAAAUCUCAUGACUAUCAAGAAAGAAGAGCCAGGAGGAAUGCCUCUUUUGUGCCCAGGGAUCCCUGCAGAGAGAAACUGUGAUGGCAGUGGCAGUGGCAGUGAGAGUUCAGGUUCUAACAGUGGGCUCACAGCAUGAGUCCAACUGAAUGCCUUCAGGCAACAGGCUGGCUUACAGAAUCUGUGUCCUUCACAUUUCUGAUGCUGAGUUGUAGCCUGUUAAUUUCUCUAAUAAACUCCAUAAUUAUGAA